CCGCGGCCGCCGCUCCGGCGCGCGGUCGGCGGCGGCGGGCCGCGGGCAUGUCGCGGGAAGGCGCGGCCGCGCGAGCGCCGCGUUGGCUGGUCCACUCCACCAGGUCCCUGUUCGUGGUCGUGGACCACCCCCAGAGCGGGCGCGCCCAGCAGGGCCAGGUGAGCUUCCUGGGGAUCUCCCGGGCCGGGGUGGCCCAGGAGGGGCAGGACACCCCCGAGGGCUUCCGCGCCAAGCUGGGCUCCUUCGGCGGGGGCGGCGCGCCGCCGGCGCCCCUGGCCUGCGCCGCCGUGCUCGGCUGCCUGAGCAUCGGGCAGGAGUGCUUCCUGCUCGUGGCCGUGGAGGUCGCCGUGGCGGCCGAGGU